AUGGCCAGAGUCACACGCAGCAACCCUACCGGAGAGACUCGGGGAGCCACAGGAGCGAGCCAGGAAGCCACCCAAGUGCCGGUCACUGGAGUUCAGCAAACCCGUGGCCGGAGUAAGAAGGCAGAGCAGAACCCAGCUGUACCAGAGCCCGAAGACGAAGACGAAGAUCCUGUCGGAGUGAACCCAAAGAAAACACGGUGCGGAGCAAAGAAGAAUGCUGGAGUGAAACCGAAAGGCAACACUACCAAAGCCACGUCCGGAAAGAGGAAGGCCGUACCCGAAGAUGAGGACGAACUUGCAGCAAAGCAGCCAAGGAAAGUCAAGAAGACCUCCAAGAAAACCGCAGAUGCUCCGCCGCUGCAGUACAAUUCAGAGCAAGCAACAUCGUGUGUCAUUGUAGUCGAAUGUGAAGUGAAAGGUCAUGAUACACACGACUGCAUCACGCAAAUCGACGCAGAUUUCUUUCUCAAAGCCCCAGGCGCCACGAAGAAGAAGCAGAUUGGUGAGAUUGUCACAUACUUGGUCGACAUGUCGGCCGGCGAAGAAGAGCAAUUCAAAAAUGGUCGAUGGGUCUCCGAACUCUUGAGACCAAAGGGCGAGGAUGAAGUACAGCUGAUAUUCCAGACGAUUUUCACAAAAACGGGUGCGGUGAAGAAGAAGCUUGUUGACCGCACCGCCGAGUUGACCAACGAGAACCUCUUAUUCAUACACACCUUCGCCCUCAGCCAUCCUGAAGCCUACGGCGGCACUGGCAUCGCGCAAGAUGCCAUGAAUGUAUUCAUGGCUGCUUUGCCGAACCUGCCUGAACCGUGGGCCUAUACAGGAGCCAUCGUGCUCUCUCCUGCUGCUGACGAAGAAGUCAAGGCCGCUCGAGUGAAAGCUGGAACGUGGACAGACGACGCCCAGGCUGAGGCAGGCCUCAUCGUAUCGUGGGAGAAGUCUGGCUUCGAGGUUUGGCUGAGAGGGAACCCAAAGACUGAGAAUUCGGUCACGAUCAUGGGACGCAGCUGA